AUGUAUCCUCAACAAUAUCCAUCACUACCAUCUGCUCCACCCUCAUAUAAUACUGAUAUGCAAUUAAAUCAACAACAAUAUCGUCAUUCAUUGCCAAACUAUCAUACAACUAGUGACGAACGUAUGGCAGAUUUUCAACAACUUGUUGAUCGUUAUGAAAUUAAUUAUACCUUUGCUAAAAAAUUACGUGCUCUUGAAGGAUAUGAAAUUGUAUUUAUUUGUGAUGAUUCAGGUUCAAUGAAUACACCACUUGGUGAUCUUUCGGGGCCUUUUGAUAAAGCACCAUCUCGAUGGGAUGAAUUAAAGCAAACAGUAUCAAUUGUUGUUGACAUUGCAAGUGUUCUUGAUCCGGAUGGUGUUGAUGUUUAUUUUCUUAAUCGUGAACCUAUGUUUCAUGUUCGUAAUUCAUCAGAAUUAAUACCUGUCUUUGCUUUACCUCCAGCUGGUCCAACUCCAAUUGUUCCAGUUCUUCGACGUGUACUACAUGAUAAACAAAAUGAAAUAGAAGAACGUAAAUUAUUGAUACUUUUAGCUACAGAUGGUGUACCAACUGAUAAUCAAGGUCAUCGAGAUAUUCGUUCAUUUGAAUAUGUUCUUAAACAUGAACGUAAACCUAUUAAUCGUAUACCUGUAACAAUUAUUGCUUGUACAGAUGAUGAUGAUUGUAUUGGAUAUUUAAAUGAUUGGGAUAAGAAAAUUCCUAAUCUUGAUGUUGUCGAUGAUUAUAGAAAUGAAAAACGAGAAAUUCAAGCACGACAAGGAAAACAAUUUCCAUUCAGUUUUGGUGAUUAUGUUGUUAAAAUUCUAAUGGGUGGUGUUGAUAGUUGGUUUGAUGAUUUAGAUGAAAAGAAAGUAAUGACAGAUGGUUAUGGACGAACAACAGCAAGUGCCGAUUCUAAUCGUAAGAAGUGGCAUUGCAUUAUCUUAUAA